UAUUAAACGCACAAUGACUUCAUAGAGGUUUUCAUCUCUGUAAUUAUCCCUUCACUGUGGACUGAAGACUCUCGGGGAUUGGAAGGAAAUUAUAUCAAUUAUUUCUGCCUUCAGACUGUCACACUUGUCCUCUCUGCAACUGGAAUCUCUAUGACCAUAAUGACUAACCAAGAAAAAUGGGUCAAUCUCAGCCCUGCAGAAUUCUCUCAACUUCAAAAGUAUGCAGCAUAUUCAACAAAGAAACUUAAGGAUGUGUUAGAAGAGUUUCAUGGCCAUGGAGUAUUGGCGAAAUAUAACCCUGAAGAGAAGCAAGACAUUCUGAAACAAGCAAUCGACUUUGAAGGUUUCCAGCUAUUCAUGAAGACGUUUCUGGAGGUGGAGCUGCCGGAUGAGUUCUGCAAACACCUAUUUAUGUCCUUCAGUAACAAAUUCCAGCACCCCAGCCCCUCCAUGCAGAGCAAAACUCAACUACUGUCUGGAGGUCUUCGUAUGAAUUACAGAAGUAACAGUUCCUCGCGAUCUUCUUCCCCUGUGUCUCUGCGACCUCCUGACGUUAUCCAGCUGAAGGACAUUGUUUGUUAUUUAUCACUGCUUGAAAGAGGAAGACCGGAGGACAAGCUGGAAUUUAUGUUUCGGCUAUAUGACACAGAUGGGAAUGGUUCUCUGGACAGCACGGAGCUGGAAAGUAUAAUCACCCAGAUGAUGCACGUUGCGGAAUAUCUGGAAUGGGACGUCACCGAGCUGAAUCCCAUUCUCCAUGAAAUGAUGAAAGAAAUUGAUUAUGACCAUGAUGGCACCGUGUCACUAGAUGAAUGGAUUCAAGGAGGAAUGACAACGAUCCCACUCCUGGUUCUACUCGGGCUGGAAAAUAAUGUAAAGGACGAUGGACAACACGUGUGGCGACUAAAGCACUUUAACAAACCGGCCUACUGCAACCUCUGCUUGAACAUGCUGAUCGGCCUGGGAAAGCAAGGACUGUCUUGCUCAUUUUGCAAAUAUACUUGCCACGAACGUUGUGUUGCCAGAGCACCACCAUCUUGCAUUAAUACCUACGUGAAGUCAAAAAAGAACACAAAUGUUAUGCAUCAUUUUUGGGUGGAAGGGAACUGUCCGACAAAAUGUGACAAAUGCCAUAAAGCCAUUAAAUGUUAUCAAGGCCUCACCGGACUACAUUGUGUGUGGUGUCAGAUUACGCUGCACAAUAAAUGUGCAUCACAUCUGAAACCUGAAUGUGACUGCGGACCGCUGAAGGACCACAUCUUACCCCCCACAUCCAUCUGUCCGGUUGUGUUGGAGAGGCAGUCGACGGUGAAGAGGGAGAAGAACUGUUCUCAGCAGGGAAACAAAUCAGGAGAGAGGACUAAGAUGCAAAGGGCAAACUCUGUCACGGUGGACGGACAAGGCCUUCAGAUUACACCAGUUCCAGGGACUCAUCCACUUUUAGUUUUUGUAAAUCCAAAGAGCGGAGGGAAACAAGGAGACAGGAUACACAGCAAGUUUCAGUACCUUUUAAAUCCAAGACAGGUUUAUAGUCUUGCUGGGAUUGGACCAAUGCCGGGGUUGAACUUCUUCCGUGAUGUUCCAGACUUCCAGGUUCUCGCCUGUGGCGGUGAUGGAACAGUGGGCUGGAUUUUAGAUUGCAUUGAUAAGGCCAAUUUGACAAAGCAACCUCCAGUGGCUAUCCUACCUUUGGGUACUGGAAAUGAUCUGGCACGAUGUUUGAGGUGGGGUGGAGGUUAUGAAGGAGAGAACCUACUGAAGUUUCUCAAAGACAUAGAAAACGGCACCGUAGUUCUGUUAGACCGAUGGAAAAUUGAAGUUAUUCCAAAUGAUAAAGAUGAAAAAGGAGACCCAGUGCCUUACCCCAUCAUCAAUAAUUACUUUUCUAUUGGAGUGGAUGCGUCCAUUGCUCACCGAUUUCAUAUGAUGCGGGAGAAACACCCUGAAAAGUUCAACAGUCGAAUGAAGAAUAAAUUUUGGUACUUUGAAUUUGGCACGUCUGAGACAUUCUCUGCAACUUGCAAAAAAUUGCACGAAGCAAUUGAAAUUGAAUGUGACGGCAUUCAGAUGGACCUGGGGAAUAUCUCUCUUGAAGGGAUCGCUAUUCUCAAUAUUCCCAGCAUGCAUGGUGGAUCAAACCUCUGGGGGGAGACAAAAAAGAGGAGGAGCAAUCGAAGAACUGAGAAGAAGACCACAGACAAGCGCAACACAGUCACUGAUGUCAAAGAGCUGAAAUUUGCAGCACAAGAUCUAAGCGAUCAACUGUUAGAGGUGGUUGGCCUGGAAGGAGCAAUGGAGAUGGGGCAGAUUUACACGGGACUGAAAAGUGCUGGAAGGCGUCUUGCACAAUGUUCCUCUGUGGUUAUACGGACCAGCAAGUCCCUUCCUAUGCAGAUAGAUGGAGAGCCGUGGAUGCAGACACCGUGUACGAUCAAGAUCACUCACAAGAAUCAAGCCCCUAUGCUGAUGGGACCGCCCCCGAGGAACAGUCUUUUCACCUCUUUUAUCAAGGGCACAAUGAGCAAGAACAAGGAAUGAAUGUGGCUAACCACUCAUACAUUCAGUGGUAUGACGUGUGUUGGUGGGGUUCCAAAAUAGCAGUACAUUGAAUAAUGAGAUUGGUUGUACAGAUUUUUUGGCGUUAAAUUAUCAUUUUUAUUUAUUGUAAAAGUUUUUUUUUUUUUUUGUUUUUUAAGUUGUUUGGCAUGUGCAGUUAGUGUUUAUUUAUAUACAGUGACAUGAUGUUUAUAAUGUUUGCAUGCAUCUUAUUCUCUGUUUAACACAUCUGAAUGCCGAAAUCGUACCUGUCGUUUUUCUACGAUGCAUCCUCGAUGGGAUGCGGGAAAGACAAAUUAUUUCUAAGGGAAACAUCCCAAAUGUGAAUAGAGAACUAUCAUCAAGAUAUACAUUUUAAUAGAGACUUUAGAGGAGAAAACGCCAAAUCCUCUGAUCAAGUUGGACCACUGUGCCAGUACACUUGUCCCAUACUCGUUGUCCAUCACCACUUCCGCUUAGUGUGUUCUCAUGGACUACAGGUCUGGAGAACGGUCAGGGUAAGUGGUGGCUACCUCGGAACUGGAUCUCAGCUGACUAGAGUUUCUCCAAAUGGCUUGGUUUGAAAACAACGUGAGGUCAGAUGAGAUCUUUCUAAAUCGCUCACUGCUCAAUAGGGAGGAUAUUUAUCAAAGUCUGGAGAGAUAUAAAUUUGAGCUAAAGUACUAACCAAUCAGCUCCUAACUUUCAUUUUUCAAACACAGCUUGUAACAUGGCAGUUAGGUCCUGAUUAGUUGGUACUUUAUCUCUCUCCAAGUUUUGAUAAAUAUCCCCCCUAGUAGCCUGGAGAAAACACUACACUGGACGGAAUGAUUUGCGGGUCCGUAUCCGACAAACAGAAACCCCGUGCCUCAACUACAUAAUGGAAUGAUAGAUUAAAAAUCGUUGAAAUCGCCUUUAAAUUGACAUAUUGCUCUAUUUCCUGUAUUUAAGUUUGUGUGAUGUUUCAAACUGUCACUUGAAUAUAGUUUAGCUUCAAGCUCAUUUUAUACAUAGCAAGGAACCAACCUUAGAUGUACAGAUUAGUAGACGGGAACAAACAUACAGACUGAAGCCAAAAUAUUUACUUUUUUGUACAGUAUUGGUUACUCCAGCAGAGAUAUACUUGACAUACAGUAAGUGUAUUUUUUAUUCUGAUGCAGAAAUAUUUUUAUUUCUCUAUACAUCCUCUAUCAAAGAAAAGUAUACAUGAAUAAUUUGUGUACAGUAAAUCUAUACAGGGACACAAAGAACCAAUGUGAUCUCUAUAAACCACUUGCCUAAUAAACUGUUUCCCGCCAAGGAUUUACUGACUAAGACUUUAGAGUAAUAGGUUAAUGCAUAAUUAAUCAAGGGCACUGAAUGAAAUUCACAGCCGAAAAAAAAAAUGACAGUACUUUUGAUUACCUUGCCAAAUGCUGAGUUUAGACGCCUGCUGCAUUAAAUAAACUUAAAGAAAUAAACUUCUGCUGUGUCUCUGGGUAAGAAAUGCGGGUUCUCGACUCACUGUGGGGAUCAACUAUGAAUCAGUCCAAAUUGUCUUGUGCACUAUAAUGUGAACACAAAUGUGUAAAUAGUUGUAAAAUAUUGCAGUUGCAUAGUGCAGACUAGGGUGUCCAAUCCUGGGAUUGGGAUCGGCGGGAUCCCGUUAUUUAGGCCUAAAAUUGGCCAGGAUUCAAUCCCGGGAUUGCAGCUUCCAAUCACUGGGAUUUUGCGAUUAGAAAGCACCCUUGUUUCUUCAAUACCGGUCAGCAUUGAGCUUUAUCAGGAGGCUCAGACGCUGCCCAGCUCCCUUCGCCCUGCUCCCCCUGCCCCCAGCUGUGCACAUUGCGCAGCGUGACGUGAAGUCAGAGGUCACACUGCGCAUUCUGACGCCAGCCGCCUGUUCUGCUCGGACCGUACCUCGCCGCGUACCGCCUACAGCAAGUGAAACCACCCGCACUUCAAGAGGAUGGUAAGUAGUUCUGUGAGCUGGGCGGGUCCGGGAGGGGCGCACUAAAGCUUUUAAUUUUAAAAUCUUCAGUCCAAUCCUGAGUAUCCCGGGAUUGAUCAUUUUUCCAUCCCGAUACCCGGGAUUGGCCUCCUUAGUGCAGACAUGAAUGCCCGUACACGUAUUUUUGAGAAUGAUGGCAUAAGACAAGAGAUAUAGACUCUAUUUUGUAACAACCUACAUGCAAACAUGUAGUCACUAUAUAUAUAUAUGCAGCACUCUUCAUGUAGACUCUCUUGGUCAUUGUUGAUGUAAGCGUCCAAUGCAGAUUUAUGCUACGUCUGGGUAGGAGCCAUAAACGGGACACCUGGUUCUGUGAUCUCCUGAUUGUCAGACAUGCCGCACAUUAUAUUGGAAAAGCCCCGUUUCAGGGUCCUAGAUCAACAGCACACUAACACUUGGGGUCCUGGAACUACAAUGCCUUGACAGUUGAGGUACCAGAACAAUAGUACACUGAGAUUGGGGGUCCCAAAACAAUGGCAUAGCAGGACAACUGGGUGCAGAAAUAUAGGUUUGGCAGCUGAAACAAAAUAAGAGAAAGCAGCGUAAUGAAUAACUACUCUAGAUCCCCAACAAAACUCCACAUUUUAUCAAUAGAAACCAUGUAUAAUAAUUAGGCCUCCUUCACCACAAAACACCCCAAAAUUGAAUUUUUGCACAUGGGGUACCUCGGGAAACUUGCAGGGGUGCCUUGGAGAUAAAUCCAUGUAACUAUGGGCAGCUUAACCAUUCAACAUAUAUAAUAUAUAUAUAUAUAUAUAUUAGUACUGUAGUGAGUAGUAGCAUGCAAUUUGCAAGGUUGUAUUUGUUUGUUUUUGUUAAUGCGCAACAGAGUUUCAAAAUAUUUUUGAAAGAAGAAAUUACUUUCAUCGGCUCAAUGCUGCACUUUGAAUUAAUUUGCUUGCACUGUAAUUAAAGCGUGCUGAAAUGCAAAUGUUUUUGUCAAGAAAACCGACCUUUUUGUCUCACAGUUGUGUGCCGUGUAACUAUUUUUUAGGAGAUGUUUAUUAUCCAUUGUUUGCUGCAUUGAAAAAUUGUGUUAGGAUAACGUUUAAAACAAUAAUUGCGGAUAUUGUAGGUAAGUACGGUUAGGAUGCUUUCACACUGACAAGAUGUACAGUAGGGUCUAUGUGGAUAAAAAGUGUAUAUGGAAAUACAGAACGUAUUUAUUAAGUAUAGGUACCUGAUGCGAUAACUAUAAUAUCUUACGGCCUCUUAUUGCUGUAAUAAAAAAUGAAGGAUCACUGUGAUUUGACAGUAAACAUCAUCAGGAGGAGAGGCUUUGAUAGGAGCCCGUCCCUUUAUAAGUAAAUGAUCUUUAAUGCGACCAGUUUGCUUCCAUGUUGCGCUGCUGUGCACUCAUCGUCAUCAAACUGCGCAUUUGUAAGUGCCCAUUACUGAGGAGGGAUCCUGCAGAUCCCUCUCCCGAAAACAUUUGGGAAAUGUAUCCCAUAGGCUAUAAUGGCUAACCGUUUGUCUCGGAACACUUUGCAUGCACUGCCGUUACAUAUAUUCUAGGGAUUUGCACAAUAUCCCACUAAAUAUUUUUUAUAUACCGUACAUGCCCACUGAUGACUAAUUAAGUCCUAAUGUUGCAAGUCAUUCUGGACACAAAGAUACCGUUCUGUGGGCAAGGAGUUAGCGGUGCGGGUAAUUGCUCCAACGGGUAGGCACACUUAUUUAGGCAGGUGAGGACCACUAGUGAAAAAAGGUGAACUAGUUGAAAUAGUGACUUGGGCACUAUGGACCACUCAGAAUAAGUUGCAAAAAAGCCACUGUUUUAAGAUGAACUUUGCUUCCAACUCUGAAUUAGUCCCUGGACAAAGUACAUACUGUGGCAUUCGUGUGCCAGAAGGUUCCGGUAUGAAUGGUCGACCAUGUUAUGGUCGACAGUCAUUAGGUCGACCACUAUUGGUCGACAUUGACAUGGUCGACAUGGGCACAUGGUCGACACAUGAAAAUGGUCGACACAUGAAAAGGUAUACAUGAGGUUUUUUAACUUUUUUUGGUGUCAUUUUUUGCGUAAAGUGACUGGGAACCCCAAUUAGUGCACCGUGUCCCCUUCGCUCGCCAUGCUUUGGGCAUGGUGCCUUUGCUCCGCUACCGCUUCGCUCGGCACAGAUUACCGUUCCAAUCGUAGUCCACGUGGAUCGUAAAGUAUGGAAAAGUUCCCCAAAAGAAAAAAAAGUUAAAAAACUCAUGUCGACCUUUUCAUGUGUCGACCUUUCAUGUGUCGACCAUGUGUCCAUGUCGACCAUGUCAAUGUCGACAAAUAGUGGUCGACCUAAUGACUGUCGGCCAUAACAUGGUCGACCAUGUGAACGGAUACCGUGCCAGAAAUAGUCCCAAGUGAGAAUCAGUGUCUUCUCAUACUAAACCUAAAAAAUCUCAAACGGAUCUACCGUCAUUGCCAGAUUAAAAAUGUUUUGACCUGCCCAAUUUAAACACUGUUACUUCUAUGCUAUUCCAAAAUCAUCUCCCCUGUCCCACAGACCCUACAGUCCCUGGUACAUAAAACAAAUAUAUAGUACUGUAAUAGAGAUGAGCAACAAGCAUGCAAAUAAAAUUUGCCAAGGUGAAAUGUACUGGCAAAGUUCCAAUUUUCUUUGUUAUUCUGUAUUUUAUUGAAUUUAUUUUCUAUAAAAAGGCAUGUGGGGAGGACAGGACAGCUCUUUCUGCACUGUUGUGUAGUAGUAGUAGUACAAUAAAGGAGAUGUGUAGCCCAAAAAAAACAGUAAGAAGGGAACUAUAGGUGGACCACUAAAGCCAGAAUUCUGCCGAAGUAAGAUGCAGAAUUCCACAGGUACAUACAGAAUGGGGCAAAUAUUUUGCAGAAAAGUUUUUACAUAUUUGCUCACCCAUGGUUAUAAUACAGCAGUUAUCCAGCGCAUGAUUAAAUGUUUGUAAAAUAAAAAUAAUAGGUUAUUAUUUUACAAAACAGUGUCGUGCAAUGUGAGCAGAGUGUCAUCACCGCUUCUCAGCGACCCUGGGCAUGAGGCUUUAUGUCUUUCCCCAACAUUUCAUCGCUCCUUUGAGCGGUACAAAGAUAAUUAUUUAUAGCAUUUUAUGGAAAUAUCAGAAAUUAGAUUUUUUGCCUUAAUCCAAAGAUCUAUGCUCAUAGAAUUUAUGUAGAACAUAUAAAUAUAUAGAAUAGUACAGAUACCUUAAUAUCAGUGUAUAUCUGAAACUAGAUGAAAUGUGACUGUGGAAUUGUUAAGUCCCUCACUUUACAAGCCGCACGUAGCAUUUUUGCUUUUUAAAAUUAUGUUUACUAGUCAAAUGAAUUAAAACAAAGUCUUAUAAGAACAAUGUAAAUCUUUUUUUUUUUUUUUACCUAUUCUUUACUGUGUUCUCUUAUAAAAAAAAUGUGCAUUCCACUUAUUGUAAUAAUUGAAUUUCUAACGUAUAUCUUAUAAUGUAUGGGUGUACGUAAUGUUUGAUAAUUGUUGUCUUUUUUAUUUUGCUGCAGUUUAUGUUUCUAUGAUGCAGACAAUGACCCCCUUCUCCAAUGGAUAUAGUAAACGGAAUAGGUUUCUUAUUUGUGUAGUUGUGGUGUCUUCUAACCUAUUGUAUUUUUCAUGCUCAAAAAGGUCUAUGGCCAAAUGUAAAAUCCUGCGAGAUGCGGCCAAUGGCAGUAUGUUGUAUGGCCGAACCAAUCAAAACUAGCCGACUACACCGUUGUGCUUUUGCCUCUGCCUGCAUCUCGCAGACUAUUACAAUUAGGCCUAUGUCUGGUUAAUAUGCUCAAUCUUAUAUUAGCUGUGAUGGUGUUCAUUUUAGGAUUUCCCUAUCGUUCAACUGAAUUUCCCAUUGGCCAUAUUCCCAUCAAAAUGUGUGGCCCCUAAAAUGAUCAUUGUAACCAAGCAACAUGCAGUUCUAUCUGGUUUUAUCAUGGCCUAGAAAAACUCAGUCUGUGUGUGGCCAUGACAAUCCAACCACUUAACGAUUGGUUCUUCCCAAUUAAGCCUUCACAUAUUGUCCCAGAUGUGGUCUUUUUCUAGCAGGGCCAAUUGACCCAAAUACCCCAUGUUAUCCACAGCAUCACAUAGAACAUAAUGCAUACAAGGUAGACGAAGUAACAAAAUUACAGGGUAACCAGCACAUAAGCACAUAAACCCAAGUGUAUAUAUAAAUAUUGGCAUCGUUAUGAGUAUUAUAGCGACAAGGGCUGAGACCAGAGGAAGGAGGGCCCUGCUUGUGAGAGAAUAUAUUGUAAAGAUCAUAAACAUGACUCCCUUCUUUUCUAGAAAUGAAGGAGAUAAGGGGAUAAGGAUUACUGAAGAUCACUACCCAAAACAUCAUUGUACAAUGCCAGCUUUUUUAUUAUUAACAGUCCUCUAGCUACCCUUUUUUUUUGGGGGGGGGGGGGGGUGCCCUUGGAUAUGAUACAGAUCUGCUUUGCAUUUGAUACAUUUUUAUCCAGGUGGCAGCUCUGUAUUAUAUCAAAGGGCACAAAAAUAAACAAUACCAAAAUAAAUAAAUAAAGUUUCAUGAAGGCGAACACAAUCCAAUGAGUUAAAGUUUUCUUAACAUGUGGAAUCCUUUUAAAGAAACGCCAUUCUGGCAAAGUUUUCUAUUCAAUGCAAAAUGCAUGACUGGUGCUGGAAACUGUAAGGGAAUGAGGUAAGGGGUAUUUAUUUGGAAAUGUUUCAGUCAAAGUCAGAGUAUUAUGUGAGAGAGGAGAAACAUGUUUGGGGAGGGGGGGGGGGGGUGUAUCAGAAGUGUGAGUGGAUGAGUCCGGAGAUAGAUAAAGGAGGCACAGUAGGAGGAAAACAGAUUGCAGAUCACUGGUUCCUAAACGAACACCAUCAACAACAGCUACUGUUGAGUUGAGACAAUUAACUGCGUUGGCGCUAGUCGCUAUCUGCUGCUUGUUCAGCCUUUUAUCAGUGGAAACCUUGCAUUGGGAAGCUUGCAGGCACAAUGUGGCAUAUGGCAUACUGCUAUACAAGUAGAGUCCUACGAUGUGGACCCAGCCAACAUGAGGUGAUGCUUUGUUGUAGUGCCUCACUGACUGUGAGAAAUCCUGAAAGUGUGGUCUUUGUAUGUUUUUUGCUUACUUUAUUGUUACAAUUCAACAGUAAAUCCUGCACUUUCAAGGAAA